UGCUUGAAUAAUAAUCAAGAGUAAUAAUUUAUGAAUCUUCUAGGUAAGGCAUUUCGAGUCGGGAGAUUUUCAAGCUCUCUGGGACUGAUUUUUCUGAUUGUGUGACUUACGCUUCAGUUUUUGAGUUUGAAUCCAGGAUGAAGAGGAUAGCAUGUCUUGCGGCAGCGCUGUUUUCUCUAGUGAUAUCAUUCAUAUCUGCUGGAGAGGCUUAUUCAAGCUUUGAGCUUCUUCGGAAACUGAAAAUUACUCCUAAUUCAAUUGAUUUCCAUUUGCCAUCACGAGAAAGAAUAGAAGUAAGCGGCCCCUACGUCACAAACAUCGACUAUGGUACUGAAAACGCACACAAAGAUUUCGACAGGUUGAUUGAAAGCGAUGUCCUUGAGGCCGUGGCACCUAAAACAUUCCGUGCAAAAACUCACCAUGGUAGUGCACCGAAAAUCUCUGGUCCUAGUGAACUUUACUCACUUGACGCUGAGGAACUCAAACGAAAUGGACGACACAUCAGCAAUUCCAGCUCUUCAAGCCACGAUCUACAUGACUUCAUGCCGUCUGGAACAAAUCUGACCCUAGCGACGGCGAUGUUGAACUCAAGUCAGACUCAGAAUACAAAUUGGUCUAUCGCCCGGGAUGUCGCCUACCCUAACGGGUCCCGCUUUGGAGCUGUCACCAGCCCAAAUCAGACCCUCGUAUCGGCUCAUACUAGACCCCAUCUGGCCACAACUCGUCUUGGAAUUCCUAGGAGUCAAUUUGGUCACGAUCGCCCCAGACGGUCGCAGGAUUCAUGUAAUGAACCUGGCUGCCUGCCGCCAGGUAGCGUCGUCAAGUGCAAAAAAAACGAUACAGUACCAAUCACCGAAAAUCGUCCAGUAUUUCUUAACGUAUUUCCGUACGAAUUACAGUUCAGAAUCCGGGUAGUCUUGUGGUUUGCUAAAAAUGAAAGCAUGGAUAAAAGAGCAAACAAGACAAAAGCCAUCCACAUUUUCAGAAAUACAAUUACUAAAAUAAAUGACUGGUAUCAGAUCAAAAUUGAGGCUACCACACGUUUUUCAAGUAAUAACUGGACGAUUAUCUCCACGAUUGUGAAAGAAAACAUUUCCGAACAUAAUGUAACCAACUACACCCUCGACGACUAUCACUUUCAUCGGCUAGUGAUUUCUAUUUCGAAGGGAGACGUGCUUUGGUACGUCGGAGCUGCUCCAAAUUGUCCCGCGUUCUACCCACCAAAAGAUGACGGGAUGCAAGACAAGCUGUCUACUACUACAGGGCGCAGUGUGGCUGCUGGCCCUGAGGGCCCGAGCAGACCAUCACACACAGACCCUCAGGGGGAGCAAGCAGACCCUCAGGAGGAGCAAGCAGACCCUCAGGGGGAGCAAGCAGACCCUCAGGAGGCAUCGAUGCUGCAGCUGGUCUGGCUGCUGCUGCCUGCAGCUUGUCUCUUGAUAGCAAUUGCUGCAGUCAUCAUCUUACUGAAGAGGAGAAAAAAUAAAAAAUCAACGCAUGGAACAUCGGGAGGAAUAAGAAAUGAAGGCUCCAAUGCACCUCUGAGUGACAGCCCUAGUGAAAAGAGAAGACAAACGCAAAUAACUCGUCAAAUGUCCGUCAACAGCCUUUAUUAUCAAGAAAGCCCGAACCAAGUCACGAGUCAAACAGUUGUCAAUAACCUUCCUGUUCACGAAGCUAAAACCCAAAUAACUCGUCAAAUGUCCGUUAACAGCCUUUAUUACCAAGAAGGCCCGAACCAAGUCACGAGUCAAACAGUUGUCGAUAACCUUCCUGUUCACGAAACUAAAACUCAAAUAACUCGUCAAAUGUCCGUCAACAGCCUCUACUACCAGGAAGAACCGAUCUAAUUAAAUCACGAAUUGAUCUCAUGUCAACAGCCUUCCUUUUCAAGAAGGUAAAGCUCAAAUAACUCGUCUACAGCGUCUAUGUUAAGAUAUCCGUUAUCCGGAAGAGCAUCAGAAAAAUAAAACGAAAGCGUUGUCGGAAAAAUGCUUUUAUCGAAAUCUUUGGCCAAGUAGAACUUAACUAUGACUAAACUGGGGCAGUGGAAGAAGCUCGAGCUACGAAUUGUAUCCUUAAUUAAAACAAUGAUAAUCUGUGAAGUAGCUUAGAUGGGAGCUGAGGCCACAAGCAGAUGUGGCCUGAUGUUAUACGAAAUGCUGCGAUUGAGGCGUUCCAGGUUGUUGGCCUUUUUUUAUAUUCUGGACAUGACCAUUGACCAAUUAUGUAAUUUUAAUUAAGACUGUUACAUAUUUUUGUUAUAAUUAUGUGAAACUUGCAACUGAGAUGAUUUAUUCAAUAUAUUAAUUCAAAUACGAUUUUAGUUAAAAAUAAUAUCUUCCUUUCAUUAUUUUCUAUAGUAAUAAACUUGCAAGAAGUUCGGUCAAAUUCGUACUGCCUGCUUUUCAUGGAUUUAUUUUCACCAAUUAUAAGAUAUUUUGCUGACGACUAGUACAGGGUCCGCCAAAAAACCUCCCUGAUUUCAAUUAGCUUUUGCAAAAAUCAU